GUGCAUCGAUCGGCAAUGAGUUUAUGGCACGUUUUAUGCUAGCAGAGCAACCUGCUUUGCAAAUACAGUGCACGUCCGCUCAAUGAUGUUUAAUAACCAGGGCAUUCAGCACGUCACUGUUGUUUUUAACAACACGAAGAACUGCUUCCUUCACCUCCCAUCGAGGCUGAUAACACACCUCUCUCUGAACGAGAACCAAGCUUUGGAGCUAUCCUGGGGCCAUGGAUGUCCCAUAUUCCUCAGUUGGACUCAAAACCGAACCACCUCGAACCUGGACAGUCAUAAAGUGGAGCUGUGUAGACAACUGGGGGAAAAGCUGGGUCUGAAAGAUGGAGAGCAGGGUUUCCUGAGACCAUGUCACCAGGUGUCCUCAGUGCAUCAGGUGUUUGUGGAGCCUCUGUCGUCUGAUGACUGGGAAAUCUUGGAGCUCCACAGUGCCGCACUGGAGCAGCAGCUGCUGGAUCAGAUCCGAGUGGUUUUCCAAGAUGCUGUGUUUCCUGUUUGGGUGGACAGCCACACACCAAUCUAUAUCAGAAUUGGAUCGCUUUCACCACCUGUCCCCUACGGCCGCUUGGAGCAGUUCACAGAACUUGUCGUCUCCCCGAAGAGCCGCAUUGAAACGGACAACCUCAGUGGCUCUCCAGUAAAAGCCAGAAAGAAGCAGCCAAAUUCAGAUCAAUGCCCCCCAUCAAGACCAUCUGUAGACAGCAUCUCCCCUGUCCCUCAGAACCACCAGUGGGGUGGCAUUGCUGAUGUGAAGAGCCUGCUACGUUACAUGAUAAAGGGGGCUUAUGAUCCAGUGAAAGAGCUCCCGCCUGUACCGGAGCUCCCUCCCCUCCUCACUGACUCUGUGUAUAGAGUUUGUGCUUCACCUCCAGACUCUCUCUGCACAAUUAGCCAGGUAGCAACCAGUGUUAUUCAUUUAUUUCCUUGGAGUCCAAGCUUGGAAGAGGGGUUACUAGGAGGUCCAUCUCCUAUCACCUACUGCCUAAUCACUAGAGUUCCCUCCCCUAAAGAGUCAAGGAUCAGAGCCAAGCAGGCAAUGGAGACAAAGAAAAAUGCAGGAGGAACUAAAGCGGCUGUAGACAAAGGAGAGGAGCCGAAAGAAGAGGAGGAGGUCACGGUUGUGAGGGCAGUUUGCCAUGAUAUCCAGAAGCUAACAGGCUGGAAAAGAAGUCUCAACAAGGGAGAGAUCCAUCAGGGACGAGUAUGGAUCCCACAGCCCUUGGCCAUCAGGUUAAAUGUCAUCCCACAUUCAACAGUGAGAAUAAAACCUGUCAAAUCAACCAUCAAAGUUGCGUUCUCCAUUCGCCUCCAGUCUCUUUUUCCUCUGCCCGAGGAGGAUGAUGAGGAGAUCCAGACGGCUUUCCUCAGUUGGCUGCACACUCAGAGUCAUGAACCUUUAGCCUGCCUGACUGCACGCUCUGGCAAUGUCCUCCUACAUGGAAAUGAUGUAAAAUUAGAGUUUGCACUAACUGUGCUGAGACCAGAAGCAGAAAACGACCCUCCAGACCAGCUGUUUUUACUAUCACCCACUGUUCUCCAGAAGCAAGAUAUACAGGUAGAUCGAGAGCAAGUAGCUACAUCGGCUGUAAAAUCAGCUGAAGUCGUCACACCAGAGCUCCCCUCCCUCAGCAUUCUGGGUGGAAUUGAUGAGCUUAGCCGGACCGGAUUUGAGUUCAUCUUGCACAGCCUUCUGGGUAGUCCACUCUCAAGGGAGCUUGGCACAUCUGGAAGGGGACUCAAAGGAGGAGCGCUGCUUAUUUCUGGUGCUAAGGGAAGUGGAAAGAGUACUCUGUCCCGAGCUCUCUGUGGAAGGGCAAGAGCAGUCUUGGAUGCACAUGUGGAGGUGGUGGACUGCAAAAAACUUCAGGGAAAAAGGGCAGAGACGGUGAGACAGAUGUUUAAGGAUGUUUUCGAGCAGGCGGAAUGGAGGCAGCCUUCAGUUGUCUUACUUGAUGACCUGGAUCACAUCACCGGGGCACCAACGUCGCCAGAACACGAGCAUGGUCCUGAGGCGCUGCUGCAGCUGCACAUUGCCCAGAGUCUGAGGGAUGUCGUGGAUGAUGUGGUGCUUCAUUCUAGCCUUGUGUGUCUGAUCGUUACCAGCCAGAGCGAGCACUCCCUCCAUCCCACCCUGACUGAGGUGCAGGGGUCCCACUUCAUACAGGGCUUUGUGAACAUUCAGCCCCCCAACCAGGUUCAGAGAGCAGAAAUAUUACGUCGUCUUAUAAUCAGAAAAAACAGCCUGUCAGAGGAGACUCUGCAGGCUCUAGACCUGGCAACUGUUGCCAAGGAGACAGACGGAUACACACCCCAAGACCUGGCACUGCUUUUGGAGCGGGCUGUCCAUGCCAGCACAGUACAAAGAGGACACAGUGACCGAGGUGUGUGUCUGUCCAUGAGGGAUUUUAGCCAGGCUCUAAAAGGAUUCACACCCCCCUCACUGUGGGGUGCAGACCUCCAUGUCCCAAGUGGAGUGGGGCUGGAGAGAGUGGGAGGGCUGAAGGAGGUGCGGCAGCAGCUGAUGGACACCAUUCUGCUACCUGCUAAGUAUCCCGUCCUGUUUGCCAACCUUCCUAUUCGUCAUCGCUCAGGGAUUUUGUUAUAUGGAGCUCCAGGUACAGGAAAGACGCUGCUGGCCAGAGCUGUGGCUAAAGAAAGCGGCAUGAACUUCAUCAGCAUCAAGGGACCUGAACUUUUGAGUAAGUACAUCGGAGCGAGUGAGCAGGGAGUCCGUGAUGUCUUUCAGAGGGCACAAGCUGCCAAGCCUUGCAUCCUGUUCUUUGAUGAGUUCGACUCCCUGGCUCCAAGGAGAGGCCACGACAGCACAGGUGUAACCGACCGGGUGGUGAACCAGCUCCUCACCCAGCUGGACGGGGUGGAGGGUCUGCAAGGCGUGUAUGUGCUUGCAGCCUCCAGCCGACCGGAUCUCAUUGACCCUGCUCUGCUUAGACCUGGACGACUGGACAAGUCUCUCUACUGCCCUCCUCCUGACCUGGAGGCCCGUGUGGAGAUCCUGAAGGCUCUGAGUGAUGGUGUCCACCUAGCUGCUGAUGUGGACCUGGAGCAGCUGGCAGCAGUGACAGAGCAGUUCACGGGGGCAGACCUGAAGGCUCUACUUUAUAAUGCCCAGCUGGAGGCCGUUCAUAACAGUCUGGGCUUUAGCUCACUGCAUGAGCUGAACUCCGGCUCAGAAAGCGAAAUGAGUCUUUCCUCCAUGAUCUUCCCAAACCACAACAGCAGUGGCUCUGAAGACUCAGUAGGGGAGGGGGAUGCCCCAGGCGUGGGUCUUGAUCAGUCCAUGGUUCUUCUUGAGUCCAGCGAGCUUCAAACAGAAGGGGAACAGUAUUUUGACAAUGUUUGGAGGCUUUACUUCGGAAGUUCCUGUGAGUCAGAGUCUGGGAAUUCACCAUUUUCAGGACUGUGCAUCUCUGGACCAAAUUCCAUGACCCAUGACUGUGCUAGACCAGGGACUCGUGACCAUGGCAGCUCUGUUCCUCCUGCCUACAUGUCUUCCCUCCAGAGCGGAUACGAAGAGCUCAGCCCGGAGCAACUGGAGCGUCUGCAGCAAGAAAUUAAAAACAUCAAGAACAACUACAGGAGAAAUAAUGAGGAGUGUGUCAGGAUGCAUUCAGCCUCGAGCCAGCCGGGCCUUCUGCUGUGUCAGGCUCACCUGAACUCUGCCCUGACUGGAACCAGACCGUCUCUCAGCAAAACCGACUGGAUCAAAUACAAAAAACUGUAUGAAGCCUUUGGUGCUGCUGGAGAUGGAAAAUCUCCUCCCUCUGUCCUGUUUACACCUGGACAACGUGUCACUCUGGCUUGAUCACACAUGUCAAAAUAUCAAAUGCUCCUACUGACUUAAUUUUGAAUUCUCUGCACUAAAUUGUAAUAACUGUAUAUAUGUAU